GGAGGGAGGAAGGAAGGAAAGAAGGAAGGAAGGAUUGAGGGAAGGACACAAGGAAGGAAAAGAGGGAAAUAAAGGAGAGAUUGGGGAAGGAAGGAAGGAAAAAAGGAGGAAGAAAGAGGUCACGUGUUACCCCUUUGGGUGACCUUCUGCCCAGCUAAAUCAACGGGGGGGGGAGCCCGAUUCACUUAACAACCGCCUGACUAACUUAACGACAUGCGGCGAUUCCCUGAACAACGGCGGCAGGACAGGUCGUAAAACGGGGCCCAAACCCACUUAACAAACGCCUCCCUGCGCGAGGGAAAAUUUGGGCUCCACCGUGGUCGCUAAGUCGGGAACCACCUGUCCUUUAUUUCUGAAACCGAGAGAGCCAACCUUAGGGAAGAAAGACUGAAGGUCUCUCUCUCUCCUCCUCCUCUUCCUCCUCCCUUGACUCCCCCCCCCCAGGCCAGACAGUCCUCCCAAAGAGAGACCUUUUGUCUCCCAGCUAUAAAUAGCCCCCCCCCAUCCGUGGGGAGGAAUGUUCCAAGGGGAAGAGAGCUCGGAAAGCCGUGGGGCCAUCCAUCGCCGGCCAGAGAUUAGCCUUUUCACAAACAGCUUCUUCGGCACCUGCGUCCAAGGUCUCCGCAUCAAAGUUCUCCAGGCGGAGGGCGCAUCGGUGAGCUGCAGCCCAGGGGACGGGACAGGGGGGGGUGGUGGUGGUGUCCCCUUUGAAGAUAAAAAAAAAAAACCAGCCCUGAUUUGGCUGGAGGGCUGGUGGUGCCGCUCUCCGGCCUUUGAUGUUUCGGCACCCCGCCCAGGUAGGAAUAAUGCCAGUAUCAUCCCUUCAAGGCGGUGGGCUGUUUACGUGUCUUUAGAAGAGAGAACAAAGCACCACAAGGGCGGGAGGGACCUCCGAGGUCAUCUAGUCCAACCCCCUGGCCUUUUUACCACUCUGCUCAAAUGGACGUCCGGUCUAUUUUUUUUUUUUUUGAAAAACCAGGGUAUAGAGCAGCCACAACUUCUGGAGGCAAGCUGUUCCUCUGGUUAGUCGUUCUCACUGUCGGGAAAUUGCUCCGUAGUUCUAGGUUGAAUCUCUCCUGGAUUAAUUUCCAUCUUUUUGGAGAAUAGGUUGACCCCCCCCUCUUUGUGACAGUCCCUCAAGUAAGAGAAUAAUUGAAUAACAAGACUUGCAAGGGGCCUUGGAGGUCUUCUAGUCUGACCCCCUGCUCAAGAAGGAGACCCCACACCAUUCCAGACAAGCGGCUGUCCAAGCUUUUCAUAAAAACCUCCGGGGAUGGAGCACCCACGAUUUCCGGUGGCAGGUUGUUCCGCUGGUUAAUUGUCCUCGCUGUCAGGAAGUUUCUCCUUAAUUCCAGGUUGCUUCUCUCCUUGACCGGUUUCCAUCCGUUGCUUCAUGUCAAAAAUUAACCCAGUUGCAAAGACUCAACUUUCAGACAGCUAAAAUCUUCACCGACAUUUGUUAGAGACAUUUUUUUUUUAUUGUUCAUGCUCCGAUUGAUUUAUUUAGCCAUCGCUGCAAAAGUUCCAAAAACUUUUUAAAAAGAAGAAGAGAAGCAGGCUGCGGUGCUUUUGAGAGCAAGAGUUAAACUUCACACCUCGCCUUCCUGUCCUUGCGGGUUUCCCCUCCACGCCCCCCCCCCAGUCUUUAUCUUUCUUUCCAUCUCUUGUCAAUACUUCCACAACGAACCCAGAUGCAACUAGACGGACCCACAAUGUGGCUGGCCAACCUCGCCGCUUGCUUGACGCUAUGGGCCUCAUGGAUGUCUGCCUUUCAUGCCAACUUUACCCAUCCUUCACAGCCGGGCAUGAUGGAGCUGACUCAGAGGUUCCAGGAUUUCAUGGUGAAAUUCAACAAGACCUACAACAGCCGAGAAGAGAUGAUGUACCGCCUUAAGGUCUUCGCACAGAACAUGGAAAUCAGCCAAGUCUUGCAGGACACCGAGUUGGGGACCGCCCAAUAUGGCAUCACCCCUUUCAGUGAUAUGACAGAAAGUGAAUUUGCUACGAGGCUUGGCAACCCCGUCGUGCGGGCUGCACCUGUUGUGCCAACGCAACGACACCGCAGCUCCUCGACAGCCUCCAGAUCCUGCGACUGGAGAAAGGCGGCGGUGUCCACCGUGAAGGCCCAGGGAAACUGCAGCUCCUGCUGGGCCUUUGCAGCCGUGUCCAACAUAGAGGCCUUGUGGAAGAUUCACCGAAAUGUGAACUGCAGCCUCUCGGUGCAAGAACUCGUUGACUGCACAUAUCCUUCCAGAGGCUGUCUAGGUGGCUACGCCUGGGACGCGUUUCUGUUUGUCGUCAACAACACUGGAUUAUCAUCAAGCAAGCUUUACCCCUACGCAGAGAAAAAACAGCGCUGCCAGAAAUACAAGUGGCGAAAACUAACCAAGAUUGAUGGUUACAGCAUCCUUCCAAGGGAUGAGAGAUAUAUCGCUAACAUUGUGGCCACUCAAGGUCCCGUAACAGCUCUCAUGAACGCCAAAGUCAUUAAGCAUUACAAAAAAGGCAUCAUCCAGAGGGCCAAGGUGAGCUGUGACCCCAACUGGCUUGACCACGUGGUCCUUAUUGUUGGCUUCGGUGAAGGCAAAAUCCGACGCGGUACCUGGAGCGGAUCGUACUGGAUUAUCCAGAACUCCUGGGGAAAAGACUGGGGAGAAGAGGGCUACUUCCGGAUGGACAGGGGCUCAAACACUUGUGGGAUUGCCAAGUAUGCCGCAACAGCAAUCGUCCACGACUUGGGAGGACAGAAGCCGCCUCCUUGCCCCAAAUGAUGGUUUGCAUGCAUCUUGUCUGUCUUUAAGGCAACCGCUUUGGAGCACCGAGUGGCAUUCUUUCGCAAGCUUUAGCAACCUGGCAACCUAACCCUAACCCCCCCCCCACUACACCAAUUGAUUUUCUUGGCUUCUGUGAAAGGCAGGGCUUUGAUUUUUCUUAAGUUUUAAAAGCAACAGGCCAGCAAUGUUAACCUUGUAGAACUGCCAACUUAACGUUGGAGAAGGAUGGAUAGGAUCCCCAGUCUGGUGGCAAAAUCCUUGGGUCGAAAAACCUGGCUAUUUUCUGCACGUGCAGAAGGCGGGUGCGUAGUGGCCCAGGGGGGGGGGGAAGGAAUAUCUGAGGGAUAGAGAGACGGAAGCGGAACAAAAUCCACGGACAGAAUGUGUUCUACAGGUAGCUUACUGCCGUUCGUUUAGUAAGCGUUGGAAGUUACAACGGCGCUGAAAAAAAGAGGGACUUUUGACCGUUUUUCAGAGUUACAACUUUUGCAAACCCCCCCAGGGCAACGGACUCAAAUUUAUGACCGCUGCUCUAUCGUGUGAUCCCCUUCUGAAACUUUUUGACUAAGCAUCAGCCGGAGUGAUUGGUGAACAACGGUGGCAAGAAAAAGUCGCAAAACGGGGCAAAACCCACUCAAGACAUGCCUCGUUUAACGACAGAAACGUUGAGCUCAAUGGCGGUCAUUGAAGUCGAAGACGACCUGUCUAUCAAAAUGAAGAAAGCAGGUUGGGAACGUACAACGAACACCGCUUGAUUCGUUUCCGCACGGAAUGAAUAAAAAGGGACCUCAUCAAAACAGCCAUGUAUUCUUUUCUCUCCCCCCCCCAAUUCAGGAAUCAAAACCAUCUUUGGCUAUGUAUGAACCACCCCCCCAAAAAUAAAAUAAAAUAAAAUAAUUCCCCCUCCUCCUAUUUGUUCCUCUCUUCAUCUACUCCCCCUUUCCCCCCCAUUUCAGCUGUGAAAGGAAGGAAGAUUUUGGCUUUUUGGCCCCUGCAUUUUUCUAUUUCGAUUUAGAUGUGAGUGGAUGUGUUUUUUUCACACCUCCAAAGUCACAAGGUCUAUUUGGGGUUUUGUAUCUUUAUUUCUUUCGGCUUUUUUUCCCCCUCUUGGUUUCAUUUCGUUUCCACUGUGUGCUCCAACCCGCUAUGGUUGGUUAAUCUGAUGUGGCCACCUCAUAUUUCUUUCACUUAUAUAUAUUUAAAGGUAAACAUACACACAGUGGAGGGGGAGGAAAAAGCAAGAAUAUAUUUUGUACAGACUGAAUAUUCCCAAGUCUGAAGCUGCUGGGCCUAUCGGGAAGAAUCUGUACAGUAUCCUCAGCCCUGAGCUAAAUUAAUCAGAAAUGAAAAGCUAUUCUUAUGCCUAAUAACCCUAAAUAGAGCAGUGUGAAAACAAAGGAUGGCUGUAUUCCUUACUCAAAUGUGGACUUUGACUCCCAGAAUUCUUAAACCUGCUGGGGGGAUUCUGGGAGUUGAAAUCCAUCCAUCUCAAAGCAUGCUGGCUGGGGAAUUCUGGGAGUUGAAGUCCAUCCAUCUCAAGGCAUGCUG